AUGGGCCCAAAGCUCGGCCGUGGUAGCCGGCAAAAGCCGGAAACCGCCAACAUCAACACGCUGUCGCCUCAAACCCGUUUCGACUUCAACAGCCAGCCGAAAGCAAUCCCGAGGUACACGAGCUUCGUGACAGCUAUUUUGCCUGCGCAGUGCAGGUUGAGGUGGUUGCUUGUGCAGAGGUACCAGCCUGCCAGCCUGCGUGCCACGACCUUCGAGAAGACAACAGACGCCUACAUGUAUGACGUCCUCUUCUAUGCUUUCCAGCAGGACAAGGCCUUCUGGUCGACGUGGAGGGUGGUGGACUGCGCGGCCUCGGUUCCGGACAAGAGCCAGAAGCAGGCUUGCUGGCACUGUGGAACCGCGUUCGACAGCAUCCGUGACAACGUUUGCCGUCACUGCGGCCACAAGCGUGACCAGGGUCGGGCACCCAUCCGCGUGGUCUGUGACAUGCCGGGCAUGAGCGAGCUUCCUCGCUCAUACCCGCCGUCGCAACUCGGCCGCGACAAGCCAAGACCCAUCCCAGGCCUUCCUUCCGGGUACUCCGUGCCACUCGAGGCCUUUACCGUCGAGGAUGGACAGAUGCUCUUGGAGCGCCAGCGUGUGUUCAAUGAUGGGCAUAUCGAUCCUCGAUAUCACUGGCUCCAGGACAUUAUUUCCAGCUACGGCAUGCGAAAGGCCCGUGCUGAGGGCGGCAUCUGA